CACUACACUUCAUAAAACUAUUGUGCACCAUAACAUAUAGCAUUCAUGUAACUGAUGAUGGGAUCUGUCUUAGGAACUUCAAAACUUAUUUGAUUCCUAUGCUGUAGGUCUCAUUAGUUACCUGUGAUCCGUUUUGCAGUUAUAUUAUAUUGUAUACUGCAAGUAGGAAUCUGCACAAGAAAGUAACUGCUCUGUUUCUCUCUCUGACUAGACUUUUUCACUCUGAUAAAUGGCAAAAGUUUGUUGGCCAUAUUUUGAUCCGGAGUAUGAGAACUUCAGCAACAGAAUCAACCCUCCAAGGGUCUCUGUGGACAAUGAUAGUUGCCAUGCUUGUACACUAAUCAAGUUUGAUAGUAUUAACAAACCUGGAAUUCUGCUGGAAGUGGUGCAAAUCCUGACAGACCUUGACUUCAUAAUUACCAAAGCUUACAUAUCUUCUGACGGUGGUUGGUUUAUGGAUGUAUUUCAUGUCACCGAUCAGCAAGGCAAGAAGAUAACAGACAGCAAAACAAUAGACUUCAUUGAAAAGGCUCUAGGACCAAAGGGCCAGAGCACAGAAGGAGUGAAGAGUUGGCAAGGCAAAAGGGUUGGAGUUCACUCAAUUGGUGAUCAUAAAGCCAUUGAAAUCAUUGGAAGGGACCGCCCGGGUCUCUUGUCUGAGAUAUCAGCAGUCCUUGCCAGCCUCCAAUUCAAUGUGAUUGCUGCUGAAGUUUGGACUCAUAACAUGAGAAUAGCUUGUGUCCUUUAUGUCAAUGAUGCUACAAACCAAGCCAUGGAUGAAUCAAAAAGAUUGUCUAUUAUGGAGGAGCAGCUCAACCACAUCCUACGCGUGUGUGAGGAUGACGAGAAAGUGGCUAGGACCAGUUUCUCAAUGGGUUUGACCCACAUGGAUCGCAGGCUCCACCAAAUGCUAUUUGCUGACAGGGACUACGAAAGUGCUGGAGUAACAACAACAGAUUGUCCUCCUUCUUUUAGGCCAAAAAUCAGAAUAGAACGUAUUGUGGAAAAAGGGUACUCAGUAGUUACUGUAAGAUGCAAAGAUCGAGCAAAAUUGAUGUUUGACAUUGUUUGCACUCUCACCGACAUGCAGUAUGUAGUUUUCCAUGCUACAAUCUCAUCAGAAGGGCAAUAUGCAUCACAGGAGUACUUUAUCCGGCACAUGGAUGGAUGCACGCUUGAUACCGAAGGAGAGAAAGAAAGGGUCGUCAAAUGCAUUGAAGCUGCUAUUCAAAGAAGAGUUAGCGAGGGUGUGAGCCUUGAACUGUGUGCAAAGGACAGAGUGGGGUUGCUGUCAGAAGUGACAAGGAUUCUACGAGAGAAUGGCUUAACAGUUAGUAGGGCAGGUGUGUCAACCAUUGGGGAGAAAGGGCUAAAUGUGUUCUACGUGAGAGAUUCAUCUGGGAACCCAGUGGACAUGAAGAUCAUCGAAGCAUUACGCAAGGAAAUUGGACAGACAGUGAUGGUCAAUGUGAAAAGGGUACCUGGCAGUGCCAAAGCACCAGCUGAAACCCGAGGUUGGGCCAAAACAAGCUUCUUCUUUGGAAACUUGUUCGAAAGGUUCUUGACUUCAUAAUCAGAUAAUCAGAGUUCAAAUUCAUGCAUUGGUAUACUUGCCUGCUUAUAAAAGACACAUCAAAAUGUGUAUAUAUUUAAGAAUAAAAUCAAAGGUUGUUCAGUGUCUCACUUGGGUAGGGCUUGAACUUGUCCCUUUUGUUUUAAACCAAUGCUUAUAAGAUGUAACUUA